AUGAUCAAUGACCUUUCAACUGUCAAAUGUUCAAACCCAGUUUCCUGUUUUGCAUUAUCAAAACAGGGUGGAUAUGUGAUAUCAACAUCAGGGGGCAUGAUCUCCUUGUUCAACAUGGUCUCCUAUAAGACUCUGAGAACCAUCAUGUCUCCACCACCUAUGGUAACAUGCCUUGCUUUCUACCCUGAAGAUAACAAUAUAUUUGGUAUUGGCUUUGAUGACUCCAGCUUAAGUAUAUAUAAUGUUCGUGAUGAUCAGGUUUUACAAAAGCUUGAUGGUCACUCUAAAAGAGUUACCACUCUUGCCUUCUCAAGCACUUCCAAUGUUCUUAUAUCUGCUGAUGCAAAUGCUCAGAUCAUUCUAUGGAAUACAAAUGGGUGGAAAAAGCUGAAAGAUAAAAGGUUGCAAAUACAAGAAAACCACAUGCUAGAAUCUGAAACUCAGAUUCAGUUGCAUCCAGAUCAAAUGAAAUUCCUUGUUGUAUAUUUUGGUCAUGUUGCAAUCUAUGAAACAACAGAACUAAGAUGUGUCAAUGAGUGGGUUCCAGAAAUUCCACAGCUUAUCUCUCAAGCAACCUUCUCAUCAAAUGGUCACAUUGUGUAUUCCAUUUUGGUUGAUGGGACAGUCACAAUAUUUGAUGCAACAAAUUUUGAAAUUCAUUGUAGGAUUUCUACGUCCUCUUAUCUUCCUCCAAUUUCAAGCUUGAGCAUCUACCCAAUUUCCAUUGCUGCACAUCCACAGAAACCAAACCAGUUUGUUGUGGGGCUGACAGAUGGUAGUGUUUAUGUGUUUGAGCCGCAGAAACCAGGUGGUGAUUGGAUAAAGAAUCACUGAUGAGGCACCUAAGGGAUUCAAAUGCAUUGUUCAUUGAUGAUGAAAUGUUAGAGAACAAUAUUAACUUGUUUAUGUAUGUUGUAUCAGUAGAAAUUGUUACCAGUGAUUAUCUUCAAAGAUACUGUGUACUAGCUUCUAAUUCUCAUAUAAUCGCCUCAUAUAGUUAUCAU